UAGUAUAAUUCAGGGACGCACACGCCCACAGAGCAUCUGCAGCAUUGUGCUGCAGCCAUGCGCUGCCCUCCUCUGAUCCAGGGACAGCUUGAAUACCGGCAGCAUGGAGCACAUGUCCUCUCCCGUCAGAUUUCGCAGCAAUAAAAAAGCUUCAACUUUCUCGGGCAAGGAGUUGUCCAGUCUGUCCAUAAGGGACCAGGAGGACAUGCAGUAUCCUUAUGCCAUGAGGGAUUUGCCUCUCAUGUCUCACUCUGGUGAACAGCACCAGAGACCAGGCCACUAUGGAGCAGAAGGCAUUGGGAGCCCCAUCAAUGGGAGACACCUCAGCCUUCCUGGGACUCCCUCUCUGGUCCGCACCAUCCCCUUCCACCCCAGGGGCUCUCCAGCAGUCUCUCCCAGACAUAAUCACAUGGGACUGGAUCCAGAAUUUCAGCAGCUACCGCUGAGGAGGCAGAUUGUUUCUCAGGUGUCUCUGGACUCGCCACUCAGCCCUUCCAUGCGCCCACGUAGCCCCUGGGGACGCUUUGACCCCUACGACUCUCCUGAGGAUCAGGACAAGGAGUACGUAGGUUUUGCCACAUUACCAAACCAGGUCCACAGAAAAACUGUGAAGAAAGGCUUCACAUUCACACUUAUAGUCGCAGGGGAGUCCGGUCUCGGUAAAUCCACACUAAUCAACAGUUUGUUCCUCACGGAUCUUUACAAGGACAGAAAAGUUCCCAAUGCUGAAGAGCGGAUCAGUCGAACAGUCGCCAUCAUCAAACACACCGUGGGCAUUGAGGAGAAAGGAGUCAAACUGAGGCUCACCAUCAUAGACACGCCAGGGUUCGGAGAUGCCGUCAACAACACAGAAAGCUGGAGGCACAUAGAAGACUACAUCGACCAGCAGUUUGAACAGUACUUCAGAGACGAGAGCGGGCUGAACAGAAGAAACAUUCAGGACAACAGAGUCCACUGCUGCCUCUACUUCAUCUCACCGUUCGGACAUGGCCUUCGACCUCUGGAUGUGGACUGUAUGAGGGCGCUUCAUGAAAAAGUCAACAUAAUUCCUGUGUUGGCCAAAGCUGACAGCCUGACACCAGCAGAGGUCUGCAGAAAGAAGAUGAAGAUCAGGGAGGAGAUCAAGCAGUUUGGGAUAAACAUCUACCAGUUUCCUGAAUGUGAUUCAGAUGAGGACGAAGACUUCAAGACACAGGAACAGAUACUUAAGAACAGCAUCCCAUUUGCUGUGAUUGGGAGUAACGUACAGGUGGAGAGUAAAGGUCGAAAGUUCAGGGGUCGCGUCUAUCCCUGGGGCGUGGUAGAAGUGGAGAACCCGGCUCACUCCGACUUCCUGCUGCUGAGGAACAUGCUGGUGAGGACGCACAUGCAGGAUCUGAAGGACGUGACGCGGGAAAUUCACUAUGAGAACUACAGAGCUCAGUGCAUCCAGAACAUGACACGCAUGGUGGUGCUGGAGAGGAAACGCAGUUUGCGUGAGAAAUAUCGGGACGGUAGUGAGGCAGACUUUCCUCUGCCUCUGGCCGUCGCUGACACUGAGAAGGAAAGACUGAUCUAUGAAAAGGAUGAAGAGCUGAGAAAGAUGCAGGAGGUGCUGGAGCGGAUUCAGGAGCAGAUGCAGCACAGCCAUAGAGGUGGCUGCUGAUUCUCACCAUACAUCCCUGAAACAGGAGCCAGACGAGGAGCACCCAGAGUCACAGAGGAGGCCUUGGCAACUGGCAAGCUUGAAACUGGGCCUAUUUCUAAUUGUUUUUACUUAGGAUAACUUGCAGUGAGAAUCAUGGCUGGAAUCACGACUUUCCAAAGAUACUAGAAAAGAUUUCACUGUUUCUUCCAGAUCUAACUCCCAAUCUAACCUCCUAAUCCUAAACGCCUUUAGAAAAGAAAAAUCAUGAACUUUAUCUUAAAACAUUCUAUAACUAUUAAGGAUGCUGCAAGGACAUGCAAGUCAAAAGCUCAGUAUUGCUGUUUGGGAGCAUCUCAGCAGGAUAACUGAUUUGGAUUUUGUGGAAUGAGUCACCCAUUCGAAAAACCAGAGUGCUCCAACUGUUUUAGUCACAUGCUAGCUAAAAAAAGGAACACAAGUCAGUGUUUUAAAUAGUGUUUAUAGACCAACACUAUGGCAUAUGUAAAUAUAAGAUGUGAUCCAAUGCAAGCAGUCACCCAACUCCUGGAUGUGUGGAAGAAUUGCUCUCCAUUCCUGGAUGAGCAGCCUGCAGCUGUACAAUGAUAAUCGAUUGUUGCUGUUCAAGUUUAUUUAUAUAGCACCAAAUCUCAAUAGCAGUCGCCUCAAGAUGCUUUUUAUUAUAAGGUAAAGACCUUACAGUAAUACAGAGAAAACUCCAACAAUCAGAAAACCCCCUAUUAGCAAGCUUUUGGCGAACCACGCUCAGGGAGGGGCUGGUUUGACUGGUUGGGGGUGAGGGGUGAAAGACAGUGUUCAUCAUGCAAAAGGCACACUGAUGAACACGCUGACCCAGAAUGUCCCAGACAUGUUUGAUAGGAAACAUAUUGGUGCUAAAUGAUAAGGACGUGUGUGGAUACGAUCCUGAUCCAGAAAGACCAGCUCUGCCCUGACAUUGUCCUCCUGAACAGCAGGAGGCACCGCUGCCUCAAGCACAGCUUGGAGCACCUCGUCUUCAGACAUCUGUUGCAAAGCAAAGAUUGAAAACAUUUCACCAUAUAACACUUGCAUUUCUUUUUAAUGACUGGUAGAUUUGUUUCAUUACCAUGUGAACAUGAUCCCUUUAUCGGCAACCUCGUUAAUGGACCAAAGCUGCCACAAACAAAAUAAAUACAUCAUUCAUUCGGUAAAGAAAUUAUUAAAAAUAAGUGCAGGUAUUAACAAAUGUUGAUAUUUAUUUUACUUUUCUUCCGUAUUUAAGUUUGUAAUGAGCCCUCGCACUUCUAAAUUACUGAAAGCAAAAAGGUUCAACCCCUGCAUCUAACACACGAUCACUCUGACAUGUGCAGUAGGUGAAAAGUUGCUCCACUUCGAUCGACAACCUUUCUAAUUUGCAUAAUGAAGCAGAAACACAUUACCAAAAAAAAAAGAUUUUUUUUUUUUUUUUAAUUUUAUGGUGUUUUUAUUUAACAAGUUAUUUGUUUAUUUAAUUUUGAUCAUGGUAGUUUUAGGCCUCCAUAUCAUACUGCCAUCUAGUGUUCACUGUAGCACAGUAAGUUUUUUUUAAUGUUUCAACUUAAACAGUUUUUCAUGCUUUUAUUUCUUGUGAGUUGACUUUUGUAUUUUUAAUAUCCAAUUUUGCUGUUUUGUAAAGAAAGUAAAAAAAAUCUGUUUAAAAAAAAAAAACUGUCUUAAGCCCGUUUAAAUUUUUCUUCUGAAAACCACUCACACAGAAGCAAAAUGUGUUGUAAAUGUAAUAAGAUUUAUUAAGAAUCUUUAUUAUUUCAUCAGCAUAAUUCUUCAUUAAUAUGUUUUUUUUAAUCCAUUAUUAUCAUGGUUAUCUUAAACAGUGGACAGUUAGAUCUAAAAGGCAGCCCAAAGUGUACAGGCGAUAUAUAACUUAAAACUUUCUCCAUAGGGAAAAGAUGUUUUUAUAUUCAUAUAUAAUAUCAAUGUAGCAUGAGGUCCAAGAUUCUGCCCACGUUAUAUAGUAUUGUACAUGGUCCCAGAAAUAAAACAUUAAAACAAAACUUCUAAUCAAAAGAAACUAAACAGAAUCUACAUGCAAAACAAAACCAAAAAAAAGAAACAAGCAUUUUUAAAAUUUUGAAGAUACAUACACUCAUUUGCCAAAACGUGCAUACAAUCACAAAUUUACAAAACUUUCAUACAUACAUACAAA